CGUUUUGACGUUUGCUGCGUGCGUGAUUGCAACAAAAAGCGACGUCGAAGUCUAUUUCUCAUUUUCCCGUUUUCGUUUUACGUUGUUACGCUAGGCACAGGAAAACGGUGUGACGAGUAAAAGGAAAGUUUUUUUUGGUCGAAAAUACCAGCUCCAGGGCAGGCUUUACAGGCUUACCAGCCUAACCAACUAAUACCACUCGUGCCGUGUUGAUUUGUCUCUGUCGCGUUGUUCGUCUGCUAUUAGCAAGUUUUCGUCAUCGCAAUCGCAGCAAGGAGCACCCACCGCACCUCCGAUCUUUGAAGCCGACUUCGGAAACUUCUCCAAACGAACCGCGAACCCAACUGUAUGUGAAUUGGUUCUAGGGGACGUGUAAAAGUGUCGGAACGAAAUCGAACCCUGCCGGGUGUGAAUUGAACGUCUUGUGGACGCUUGGCAAAAAAACCCCUCGUAUUUCGUCGCGGAACGGGGUGGUGUUUUUUCCCUUCUGACAGAUCACAAAGCAAUAGUGUCGACGACCCAGCUCCCAGCUAGUUCCCCCCCACAGUUCCGGUACCCAAAGUCCAACGAAGUAGAAAUGGCGAAAACUUACGACUAUCUGUUCAAACUUUUACUUAUCGGCGAUUCCGGCGUUGGCAAAACCUGUAUACUGUUCCGCUUCUCGGAGGAUGCCUUCAAUACCACAUUCAUCAGUACAAUCGGUAUCGAUUUCAAAAUUAGGACCAUCGAUCUGGACGGGAAAAAGAUAAAGCUGCAAAUAUGGGACACAGCGGGACAGGAACGAUUCCGUACAAUCACGACUGCCUAUUACCGGGGAGCUAUGGGCAUCAUGCUGGUAUACGACAUCACACAGGAGAAAUCGUUCGAAAACAUCAAAAACUGGAUUCGAAACAUCGAGGAGAAUGCAGCGGCCGACGUGGAAAAGAUGCUGCUCGGCAAUAAGUGUGAGCUUAAUGAAAAAAGACAGGUUACACGAGUUAGAGGCGAACAACUAGCAGUGGAGUAUGGAAUCAAAUUUAUGGAAACUUCGGCAAAGGCGAGCAUCAACGUGGACGAUGCGUUUUUCACCCUUGCCCGCGACAUUAAAUGUAAAAUGGAAAAGCGAAUGGAAGCAAACAACCCACCGAAAGGUGGCCAUCAGCUGAAGCCGCAAGUCGAACCACGGAAGGCACCAAGUUGGCUAUCGAAGUGCAAUCUGUUUUGACCUUGUAGUAGUCCUACUAUUAAUAAUUAUUAUUUUUUUAUAUAACACACUAAAUAAUAAUUAUCAUUAUUAUUAUUUAAAAAUGUAUGUAAACGAACAGUGUCAAGGGACAACGGAUACGCAACAUUCAUCACUGUACGUCACAUUCAGACCGAGACACAGGGUAAGGGAUGUCUUCACUUUAUUCUACCCGUCAGAGGUUGAACGGAAGAAAAAGCUUCAAAGCACACGAAAACGAACGUUCACGUUGCUCGGGCGUGGUUCAGUUUGCAGCAACAAUUGUCAUGUAGAUCAAUCUGGAAUCAAUCGAUUUACGAUGGAAGAGCGUUUCAAGGGUAGUGAUUUCUUGAAAUUCUUACCGUGCUUCGUACGGAUUGCAAGGUUUUAAGGGACCUGUGAGGGCUCGAGAAUGUAUUGUUCAAUACAAUUCAUUUAACUGACGCACAGCAGGGCGCUUCGAAACGAAAGCUAGCUUUUUAAGUAACGAUGGUUUCGGAAGAACAUGAAUUCUUGAACUCAUAAUUGUUUCUUCGACGAAAGGCUUUAGUGUUUGAAGGAAGACAGAAGAAGGAGUAUGUGUUUGUGAAAAUCGUCGCUCUAGAAAAUAGAUGUCAGCAUUAAAUCUA